AUGCAACGUCUCGAUAGCUUUGCAUCACAGAAUCAGGUGGUUGAUCUUGGCCCGUGGCUGCAGUACUAUGCCUUCGACGUUGUCGGCAUGUUUACUUUCGACAAGAAGUUCGGCUUCCUAGAACAGGGCAAGGACAUUGACUCAAUCAUGAGCACUAUCGAGUUCAUAUUGGCAUAUUCUGCAAUAAUUGGUCAGGUUCCAGCGCUUCACCUAUUACUCCUUGGCAAUCCACUUCUGAUCAAGCUCAUGCCGCCUAUGGAACAAUGGAACCAAAUCGUUCAGUUUACGUUGAAAGCCAUGCGAGAAAGAGCAGAAAUGAAACCUGGUGGAGAAUAUACCGUCUCCAAUACAGAUGGCAAAGACUUUCUUUCGAAGCUGGCAUCAUCCAAGUCCUCUGAAGAUGAGAAGAUGAACGUGCGCGAUCUUGUGAUAGCCCUUGCAGGUAACGUAUUCGCUGGAAGUGAUACUACCGCAAUUGCCCUUCGAGCUAUAGUCUAUUACCUGUGUCGUUACCCAAAAUGCUUAGCGAAACUAGCAGACGAGAUCAUGAAGCAUGACAAGGACAGCAAGCUCAGCAGCCCAAUCAACUUCAAGGAAGCAAGCGCAAUACCAUAUCUCUCCGCCGUUAUCAAGGAAGCUAUGCGUCUCCAUCCCUCAGUAGGUCUUAUCCUAGAGAGGCACGUUCCUCCGCAGGGCGUCGAGAUUGAAGGUCAUUUCCUUCCCGGUAGGUCAGUCGUCGGCGUCAACCCAUGGGUCACUGGUCGGAAUGCAGAAACUUUUCCUCAGCCAAAUGAAUUUCGUCCAGAACGAUGGCUAGAAGUGCCCGAGCAGGAGUUGAGGGCGAUGGACAACCUUCUGGAAUUCAAUUUUGGUGCUGGAGCACGAAAGUGCCUCGGACGACAUAUGGCUUGGAUCAAGAUGAUGAAGGUUAUUCCAGAGCUGAUCAGGCGCUUUGAGAUCGAGUUUGCGGAUCCGGAGAAGGAUUGGCAUGUCACGAACCACUGGUGA